AUGCAACACUGUCGUGAUCUGGGUACUCAUACUGACAUAACGACUGGCAUAAUAACACACAAAAUGAUUGGAUCAGUUGAAAUGGUGACGAUAGCAGCGUCACAACGUUAUCAAAAUGGGCCUAUUUCCCGAAGUGCGCUGUACGAAUGCAAGGUACAAAAUCUGAAAAAACGUAAAGUCACCAUCCAUAUCUCAGUGAAUGGCGUGCGUGUGGUGCUGAAAAAACGCAGAAGAAAAAAAAAGAACUGGACAAAUGACGCUGAAGAAAUCGAAUUACUCAAUCAUCCCAUUUAUAGAAUUUUCUAUGUGUCACACGAUAGCAGCGAUCUCAAAAUAUUUAGUUAUAUUGCACGAGAUGCCAGUACAGACACAUUCAAAUGCUCCGUUUUCAAAAGUCAUAAAAAGGGUAGACCUUGA